AUGAGAUAUGACAGGCUAGCGAAUGACAGUGAGAGCGAUAACGAGGGUGAUGACCGUGGCAAUGAUUUUGAUCACUUUGAAUUGGAACCGCUGGCUGGUUCUGAGCGUGUACAGUUGCCUAAGGAUGGCCAACGAGCUCGCUCGAGGCACAGCUCGAUUAUCGACGCUGUAACAGCAAUCGUACCAGAAUCUGAUGAUCCUUCACUCCCUACACUCACAAUUAGAGUCAUCGUCAUUGGCUCCGUCUUUGUUAGUCUUGGGGCGGCGUUCUCGCAGCUAUUUUACUUUAAGGACAAUGCACCUCAAUGGAACCCCUUCAUUGUUCUACUCAGCUCUUAUCCCGUUGGAAAACUGAUGGAAAAGUCGAUGCCGCACCGCCGUUUCCUCGGUAUCAACCUUAAUCCUGGCACCUUCAACAUCAAGGAGCAUUGUUUAAUAAGCAUUUUAGCAACUAGCGGCGGGACUGCUGCUUAUGCUUCUGAUGUUUUGGCUAUCUGCACACUCUACUUUAAAGUCGACUUCCCGACCUGGGUCGCUGUUGCCCUCAUUUUGACAUCCCAAUUCAUUGGAUACUCGUUUGCCGGUUUGGGAUACAACAUCUUGGUCAAACCACUCAAUAUGGUAUAUCCAGCCAACCUACCCACUAUCAGCGUAUUGACCACGCUUCAUGAAACCAAUCAACUCAAGAGGUCAAAGGUAGACAAGAAACUUAAAUUUUUCAUCGUUUCCUUCGUUGCAGUCAUAUUAUACCAGCUUCUUCCUUCCCUUUUCGCACCAACACUAACGAGCAUCGCAUUUUUAUGCUAUUUUUCCAACAACUGGGUUAUGCGCACGCUUGGUAGUGGCUAUCAGGGUUUUGGAAUGCUCGAUUUUAGUCUUGAUUGGUCUGCAUUGUCAUCCUUGGGCCCUCUCUACACACCCCCUGAUGCACUGUUCAACAUGUGCGCUGGUCUGGUGGGAAUGGUGUGGAUAGUCGGACCGUUGAUAUAUUUUACAGAUUUUUGGAACGCCCUCUCAUUCGACCUGCCAAUGUCGACCGGGCUAUUUACGAAGAAUCACCAAGCGUUCGAUGUUCAAGGUGUAUUGACACCUGAUCUAAAGCUCGAUUUGAAUAGCUGGGAUCAGCAAAAACCAUUACUUCUGACACCAUACUUUAGUGUAUUCUACUUGUGCUCAUUCGCAACAUUCACAGCUACAAUUGUUCACGUUAUCUUGUGGUAUUCGGGAGAUAUCAAGGCUUCUCUCUUAUCAGCGAGAAAGGAAAAAACCAGUCAAGAGGAGGUGGCACAAUCAGUACCAAAAUCAUACUACAUAUCUACUUUCGUUAUCACAUUCGUCGUCGCUGCUAUCGCAUGCGCCCAACCUAUCAUUCAGUUACCAUUCUGGGCCUUGUCGCUAUCAGUGCUAAUGGCAGCCGUGUGCUUGAUACCACUUGGUAUUAUUAGAGCUGUUAGCGGUCAGAGCAUUGGAUUGAACGUACUUUCAGAGCUAGUGAUAGGUUAUAUAAUGCCGGGUAAGCCAGUGGCUAACGCCGUCUUCAAAACAUUCGCGUACAAUUCUCUGUCUCAAUCAUUGGAUCUGAUUGAGGACUCCAAGCUAGGGAUGAUGAUUCAUUGUCCUCAAAAGGAUGUAUUUAUAUGUCAAUAUAUCGGCACAGCAAUUGGAGCAAUUGUGAAUUUUGUUGUUCUACAAAAUGUCAUUGAUACCAAGCGACCAUACCUCGACGGUACUCUAGUUGAUCCGACAGGUCAAUACACAGGAAGAUCACCGCGUAUAAUGUUCUCUGCAUCAGUUAUUUGGGGAUUGGUAGGACCUGCAAGAUUUUUUGUGGGGAAGUACAAGGUAUUACUGAUAAGCGGGUUUAUAUUGGGAUUGAUAUUGCCAAUAUUGACGUGGGCAGUUCAUAAGCGCUAUCCAAGGCUUGGAUUCAAGCAUAUAUCAUUUCCCCUGAUAUUGUUUGGAGCAAAUUUGGUGCCUCAAAUGCCUGCAAACGUGAUAGUGUCAUUGCUUAUCGUAGGAUAUAUAUCACAGUAUGUAGUUAGGAGGAAAUAUCCAACGUGGUAUGCAAACAAUUUUAUACUAAGUGCUGCAUUGGACGCAGGUACUAGUAUCUCUGCAUUUUUCGCCUAUUUGGCACUACCUUGGAUUCUGGUCAUAGUACCGAUCUGGUUUCUCAAUCCGUCCGGAGACGCUGAGCAUUGUCGGUGA